AUGGCGGAGGCGGAUAAGUCCCAGGUGGGACUUUGCGGCCUCGCCGUGAUGGGCCAGAACCUUGCCCUGAACGUCGCCGAGAAGGGUUUCAAGAUCUCCGUGUACAACCGGUCCGGCGACAAGACCGACAACGCCGUCGCGCGCGCCCAGAAGGAGGGCCUCGGCGAUAACCUCGUCGGCUUCAAGGACAUGGGCGAGUUCGUCCAGUCCCUCGCGAAGCCCCGCUGCGUGAUCAUCCUCGUCAAGGCUGGCGCCCCGGUGGACGCCACGAUCGAGGGCCUCGCGCAGCACAUGGAGCCCGGCGACAUCAUCAUCGACGGCGGUAACGAGUGGUACGAGAACACCGAGCGCCGCGCCAAGGCGCUGGAGGAGAAGGGCCUGCUGUACAUGGGCAUGGGCGUGAGCGGCGGCGAGGAGGGCGCCAGGAACGGCCCCUCCAUGAUGCCCGGCGGCGCCAAGGCGGCGUUCGACGUCAUCGAGCCCAUCAUCACCAAGGUUUGCGCGCAGACCGACAGCGGCCCCUGCACCACCUACGUCGGCCCCGGCGGCUCCGGCAACUUCGUCAAGAUGGUUCACAACGGCAUCGAGUACGGCGACAUGCAGCUCAUCUCCGAGGCGUACGACGUGCUCAAGACGGUGGGCGGCUUGAACAACUCGGAGCUCGCCGCGGCGUUCAACGAGUGGAACGCUGCCGAGCUGGACUCCUUCCUCAUCGAGAUCUCCGCGCUGAUCCUCGCCAAGGAGGACGACCAGAAGCCCGGCGAGGGUUUCCUCGUCGACAAGAUCCUCGACAAGACUGGCAUGAAGGGCACCGGCAAGUGGACCGUUCAGCAAGCCGCCGAGCUCUCCGUCGCCAUCCCCACCGUCGCGUCCUCCCUCGACGCCCGCUUCAUCUCCGGCGUCAAGGAUGAGCGCGUCGCCGCGCAGGCCACCUACAUGUCCGCGGGCCUCGAGCCCGCCGACGCCGAGGUGGCGGCGCUCACCCCGGAGGAGAAGCAGCAACUCGUGGACGACGUCCGAGCCGCGCUCUACGCGAGCAAGAUUUGCUCCUACGCCCAGGGCAUGAACCUGAUCAGGGCCAAGUCCAACGAGCAGGGUUGGAACCUGGACCUCGGCGAGAUGGCCAGGAUCUGGAAGGGCGGCUGCAUCAUCCGCGCGCGCUUCCUCGACCGCAUCAAGAAGGCUUACGACCGCGACGCCGACCUCCCGUCGCUGCUCGUCGACGGCGAGUUUGCCAAGGAGCUCGUGGAGCGCAACGACGCGUGGAGGCGGGUCGUCACGAGCGCGAUCAACGCGGGGGUCGCCACCCCCUCGAUGUCCUCGUCCCUGGCCUACUUCGACUCCUACCGCCGCGGCAGACUUCCGGCGAACCUGGUGCAGGCGCAGCGCGAUUUCUUUGGAUCGCACACGUACGAGCGCGUCGACAUGGACGGCUGGCACCACACCGUGUGGUCCGACAUGAACUCCGCGGACUCCAUCACCACCUCCGGGUACAGCGCGUGAACGCGUCGGCUCGGGAGAGAUUCAUUUGUGUUUUAUCCCGGAUGGGAAUUCCCCGAGUCCGCCUCGCCGAUAAUAACAACGACGCGGUGACCGGAUAGUGUUGAGCUUGUAAGACCCCUGUGCAUUUACG